UCCUAGAACGAAUCUAUUGCACUGACUUCGUUCGAGCCAAGAAUUAAGACUGAUAUCAUCGAUUGUUUUGUACGUCUCGAGUGUAGAUCACCCCGCAUGGGAUGAUAUGCAGCCCACCCCUGCGAUUUUGAACACGAGAACAGCACACAACCCAGGGUUAAUGAUAGACAGGGCAGACUCGGAUUUAUCUUGGCACCUUUAUGGUUGCCUGAUCUCUUAUCAUCUAAAAUACAGCGUCGCGCUUCAAGUGACUUCUUUCACUUCUAAUCUAUGGAUCGUCGCCAGCUAAUUCUUUAAAAAAGCUGAGACAAUGAAUUCAGGGCAUUUCACGACUGAGAAUGAUGGCUUUCCUCAUGAGGAGCCUCCGCCGUAUAUCGCUGCUCCAGGUGGGAAACGAGACUCAUUCGCCGAGUCCCUUCCAGAAUAUACUACCAAAGCGAGAGAUGCUGCGCUCCCUCCAAUUCCAAAGCGGCCUCUCAAGAGAUAUGGCGCAUGGAUAUGCCUCGGAAUUCUCGUCGUGAUUGGGGCUAUCAUUGGAGGGGUUGUGGGAGGGGUUUUUCACCGAAGAUCUUCAAAUUCGGAUUCAUACUACAUCUCAUACAACGGAACCGGAUACAUCCAAUACAACUCGCCCGACUUCCUCGCUCUCGCUGCUGCUGAAUGUGACCAAGUCACGUACGUUAUAUAUCAGAAGAAUAAUACUGGAAUUUACCUUCGAGGACAGUUGAAAACUGGGACUUACAACGGAACAUCUUCUCCAAAUAUUCCUGAGAUGCAAUUUCACAUCAGCCAAGAGAAUUUCCCUGCUACCGGUACCAAUAUUACAGCUGUCUGCCAGCAAACUAAUUCUACUGGGGUUAACCUCUAUUUCUACUACGUCAAUAGCUAUUCUGGACUGUUCAAUCUUGUAGAAGCAUCCGUCAGCUUUCCAGACCCGUCCCGCUUUUUCACAGAACUCUACCCGACCAUAGCUCAGGUCGCUCCAUACGUUGCAUCAAGCACGUCAAAUGUCCCUUCUAUCACCUCUGUUCUGCUACCUCCGACCGACAUCCGUGUUUACUAUGUCUACCCCUCUUCAAUAAACUCAAACUCCGAGCUAGGGAUUUGGGAGACCAGUCGAACGGAUGUUGGGGCAUGGACACCUCCAACGAUGGUUCCUGAUAUCCUUAUUUUUCGAAACAAUGCUGUAUUCACUGCCACCGCUGUCAAUGUCUCUUCGGCUCCCCCUGAAAUUCAUCUUUUGUAUAUCGAUGGAGGUGACAUGCUUGCAAGGAAGACUUGGAACGAGAGUGGAUGGGACUCAGAGAUCAUCCUCCCUGUGGAGUAUAGCUCAAACCUGACCGAGAUCCUCGGCAUGGCAACCGUCGUCGAGGCCGUCAACCCAACUGUGCUUCGUCUCUACUCUGUUCAACCAUUCCACGUCCAUCAAGGAUCGAUAUCCAUGGAAAGCAACAUCUACACUGAUUUCGGAGUAGUUAACUCUCCGUCAUACAACGCAUUCCCGGUCAUAACCCAGAAACCUCCGCUUAUUGCAGCUACUUCUCCAGGCUUGAACUCGACAGAUAAUAUAGCUCAAGUCUUCUUCGUGCGAGCGUCAUAUUCUAUCACAAACUAUGGACCAAGAACAGCUAUCUUGAAUGCUACUAUUCCGGUUGACGGAACGAUGUGGAGUGUUUCGACGCUAGGGCAGGAUCCGAACAUGCCGCCCAAUUCGUUAAUGCAGAUGCCGAGUUGAUAAUGAGAAGUGUAGGGUGUGGAUGUAGUGGUUACGAUGUGAUGUUAUUGUCUGGAUUUCCAGCUAGUAUUUCAAUGAGAAUGAGUUCGGAAGGAUUUGAGAUGCUCUAUAUCACGUGUAGAC